AGCAAUAGCGUUUGGCUAUUCAAGAAGCUUUUGAGCUAACAGUUUAAGGGAACAUCAGUUUUCCUUUCAGCGCUAAACGAGACACUUCGUUCAUCGGUGUCGUUGAGGAGUGUGCUUCGAGUGUGCUUAAUUCCGGAAAGGUACAACACUUCGACCCCAAGUCUUUAGUCAAAUAACAGCGUUUGCGUCUUGAGAUUACCGCUAAAAAGCAGCUAGGUAACAGGCCGAUGCUAACGUUACUCAGUUAGCAACUGUUCGCUAACACCAAGCAAUUAGCAUGUUUAACGUCCUACUUAAAAAAAAAAACUUAUUGACUUAACAUAAAGUAUUUGGUUAUAUAUGAGAUUUGUUCUCUAUCGUUUAACGUUAAAUUAAAACGGGGGUUCUUUAUCAGUGUGCAGUCAUGGCUGCGGAUUGGCUGGGUAGUUUGGUCUCAAUUAACUGUGGACCAACACUGGGAGUCUAUCAAGGAGAAGUGGUAUCUGUGGACCAGUCCAGCCAAACCAUCUCCUUAAGACAACCUUUCCAUAAUGGAGUCAAGUGCCCUGUUCCCGAGGUCACAUUCAGUGCCAUUGACAUAAAGGAACUAAAGAUUUUAGAUAUUAGAAAUGGCAAUGCUAGGAACAGCUCUUCUGCAUCUACAAAGGUGAGUAGUGCUCCAGUUGCAGUCCCAAAGGGUGACCCCAGGCCUGUGGAGAAACUAAACUCUCCUCAGCACUGCUCUAAAAGCUAUGGAGACCGUCAUCUGGAUGUACCCGGCCAGCCAAAAGGAUUCCGGCGAAGACACAACUCCUGGUCAUCUAGUAGUCGAGGGGCUAACCAAGUGACACCAAAAAAGAAUGGGGUGAAGAAUGGUCAGAUGAAGCACAGAGACGAUGAAUGUUUUGGAGAUGGCAUGGAUGACGGGCUGGAUACAGACUUUGAUUUUGAAGGAAACUUGGCCCUUUUUGACAAAGCGGCAGUUUUCUCAGAAAUCGACAUAUCGGAGCGCCGUAACGGUGCAAGGUCACGUGGGACACCUCAAGAGCAGACGCCUUCACGGUACCGCCAUGAUGAAAACAUCCUGGAGGCCAAACCUAUUGUGUACAGACAGAUUACUGUACCGCAGCCAGGGGCCAAAGAGUACUGCACUGACUCUGGACUUGUUGUACCCAGUAUAUCGUAUGAAUUACACAAGCGUCUGUUAUCAGUCGCUGAGCGUCAUGGUCUCUCACAGGAGCGAAGACUAGAGAUGACUGGAGUGUGUGCCAGUCAGAUGGCACUUACUUUGCUGGGUGGGCCCAACAGAUUCACUCCAAAAAAUUUACACCAACGUCCCACAGUGGCUCUUCUGUGUGGCCCCCAUGUUCAGGGAGCUCAGGGCAUCAGCUGUGGCCGUCAUCUGGCCAACCAUGAAGUGGAGGUCAUCCUGUUUCUGCCCAAUUUUGUCAAGAUGCUCGACUCAGUCACCAGUGAGCUCACACUCUUCAACAAGACUGGUGGCACACAGGUGUCAAGUAUCAAAGACCUUCCAGACACCCCAGUGGAUCUAAUCAUUAACUGUCUGGACUGCCACGAGAACACAUUCCUGAUGGAUCAGCCCUGGUACCGAGCAGCCGCAGACUGGGCUAACCAGAACCGAGCGCCAGUGCUCAGCUUAGACCCCCCUGGUAGCGGACAGGGGCAGGCAGUGGAGGCCAAGUGGUCCCUCUCUCUUUGCCUCCCCCUUCCCCUAACUGAAGGGGCUGGCAGGGUUUACCUGUGUGACAUAGGUAUCCCUCGCCAGGUGUUCCAGGAAGUGGGGAUCAAAUAUCAUUCUCCUUUCGGCUGCAAAUUUGUCAUUCCCCUGCACUCUGCAUAAUGGGACUAAUGGCCAACAUGACAGAUUGAGUCUUUCACCCUCCAUGACCAUCUGGGUUUUGGCGCCUUACUGUUUAUUCCAGAACUUCAGCUGUUUUUCAGUUCAUCCGUUUCUAAGUUUCUAACCAUCGACAUGUGAACAGGACUUUUCCCUUAUGCUGAAGGACUCUGUUUGGUACAUUAGUUCUUCCAGGACGAAGUGCAUAUGGGUAGCAUAGGAAAGAGCUUCAUUGAAAAAGUAAAGGUGUUGACCAUCAGAGGCUCCGGCAGUUAUGUAGAUACUGUUUUAUUCAUGUGAUAUUACAAGGUAUGUGGAAGAUACGUUUUUCAAAAGUACAGCUGAAUUGUCAAAAAUAAUACCACAUAUUAUUCAGUUUUGAAUUGAAUAGGACAAUCUGUGACUAAAAAUGGAUCGUUUCCCAGUGUCACUGUAACCUAACCUCAUUCCAAAGCCAUCUGGUGAAUAAACAGAGUUCCACCUCACAUGCACGUGCUAUGUUAUUAUGUACGUUAAUCUGGGUGAGACACCAGAAAUCAAACACUGCAUAUUGAUGUUACCAUUGCCAAUGGCUUUGUUCAUAGCCUGCCGUGCUCUGCAGCACUGAGUUACUGUUGUCUAAUAUUUUAUUAGGACAGAAAUUACAUCUAAUAAAAUGUGGACAGUUAGUCAUUUAUGUGAGUAAUGCUGUGUUUUCAAAUGCAACCAGUAUUGAAAAGGGCAGCUACUGGAGAGAAUCCAGAUAUCAGCAGUUUUCUGUGUCCAUGUUAAAUGGGGCUGUGAUGUUUAGGGCUUCGAUAAGAUGACACGCCAUGCAAAACCUCUAGCAAUCUUGCCUUUUGUAGAAAAAAAAAGGUUUGCUAACAAAAUAUUUGUGUACAAUAGAGAGCUGAAGUCAUGACGUCACGUCCACGUUGGCCUCUGUUCCACUAACUAUUAGCUUCUCUUACUGUGAUGUUAACAAAGUGUAACAAAGAAUACUUUCAGGGUUGGUGCAAAGUCUUGAAAGUUUGCAAAAUGUUCGCUUUUUCAAGGAAUAUGCUCCUUGAAAAAAAUGUUGAUUUUCAACUUAAUUUUUCAUCUACAGUCACUCAUGUAAACCAAAAAUGUAAAAUGAAACAAUCCCGUCAUCAUAGUGUGGAAAUCUUAGGUUUCGGCACUACUGAAUCCAGUACUUUCAUUGGAAAAACUUCAGAAACUGAAGUGCAGGUACUUAUACGUUUAUAACUUAAUUUCAUAUAUAUCCACAAAUGCUUAUGGGAAAUGGUGUUUGUUAUAAAUGUCGCUAAAAACAUGAAUAUUGACUAAACAAUGAUAUUAGAUUGUUUUCCUUCCACAAGAUGCUGUUGAGGAAGGCCCACUUCCAGGUGGGAUUUUUGGAUAUUAGCAUUGUUACAAAUGUCAGUUAGAUUUUGAAUGGGGUUUUCUUACUCCUUGAGCAGGAACUGGAAGUUCUGGUUUCACUAUGUCUCUGUGUUAUUUCGUUUAAAGGACCAUACCAGAGUGUUUACAAGUUUAUACAAAUCAUGUAUGUUUAACAUUUCUGCUGCUCUGUUGUAAAUGCAGACCACAGUUUCAAAUGUUUUGAUAUAAAACCUUGUUUCUGGAAAAAGUGGGGAUGCUGAGUAGAACAUAAAUAAAAAUGUGAUACAAUCAUUUGCAAACAAACUGUUUUAUGAAGUGUUCCUGAGCCUGUGUAUUAAUAGCCUUUAUACAAUCAGCCUCACACACACUUUUGGAGAAUUUUGUUGCUCCUGAUCCAACUUGUUUGAAAUGUGUUGCUGACAUCAGAAUAAGCAGAUAUUUACAAAAAUCAACGAAGUUGGUGAGGUAAUACAUUAAAUAUAUUGUCUUUGUUCUGUUUUUAAUUGAGUGUAUCUCAAGAAGGAUUCAUAAGUGAUCACAUUCUGUUUUAUUUAUGCUUUAUUCAGUGUCCCAACCUCUUUGGAAUCAGGGUUGUAAUUUUCUUUUGGUUUCUUACAGUUUAAACAUCAUUAUCAGACUCUCAGAAGUCUUACAUCACGUAAUCCAUCACACAUCAAGCCUGUGGCAGCUUUAGUCAAUGUCAUGCUAUUGUGUGGUUCUGUAGUUUAAUCACAGACUUCAUAAGUCUGCGCAGCUUUACGUUGUCAGAAACUAAUGCAAACUUGGUGUGGUGGACUGAAGUUUCAGGAAUGCCAGAGUGGAUUUUUAUGUUAUAUGGAAAUGAACAGGAGUCAGUGAAUGCCUGGAAGAUAAAAUACAUUCAUUUUUAGUACAGCAGCAUGGUUUGCAGAUUUUUAGUGGUGGUAUAAAAUGUAAAUGAUUUGUAAUAAAUGAGCUACAAAUGGUUGGUAUGGUCCUUUAAGUUUCUAUGACUGAAGUUGAAGCUUGCAGGUCGAAUGUUGGCAGUUUUUUGGUUAAAGUUGUGAUCAAAAGUUAAAACAGUCUUUAUCUGUAGGAUUCAAAUGCACUUUGGGUUGAAUUGUCUUGCUGUAAACACACAGUGAUCAAGAUGCAAUACUCUGCACACUGUACCCUUUGUGAUGAGAAAGUGUUGAUCAGCCUGUGUAUGUGCUCAGCUGUUUGUGUUGUUUACCACGAAGCUGAAGUAUUACUGUAGUAAGAAAUCUAGCUGAUGAACGAUGCUUGUUUUGUGCUCCUUGAGGCCUUGGCAGGACAGUCAUAGGAAUCUUCUGGCAGAUUUGUUUGACAGUGAAAGUCAAACACUUUGCUUGUUCUUUACUGGACAUGCAUGCCGUGCACAUCAGCAUGUCCCGAAAUCUUGUGUCACUGAGGUCAGUGCAGUCUCGAAAAGCAGGAUUAAAGAUACUUGCACACUAUA